GCUGGCUGAGGCAGCUGCUGUCCCUGGAAGCUCAGGAAUGGGCUGUGCCCUGGCAUUCGGUGCCACGCUCCCUUCCCCGGUGUCACCCCCCCCUCCCCUGGGCAGCCAGGUAAUCCCCUGCGGGCAGUGACUCAGGGCAAUGGAAACCAGGGAGGACGCAGGUAAUCCCAAGCACAGACACAGCCCGAAAGGGGAAGCCCGCAAAGGAUGAGGGGACCCGGCUCAGAGGGGACCCAGCCUUAAGGGAGCUGGUGCGGGGAGGGGGGGUUCUCCCUAAUAACUCUGGGCUCAACACCCUAUCCCUGAGCUGGUUGGGCAUCCCGAUUCCCCUCCCCGAGGGGGAGCUUGGCCAUGCCUGGGGCUACAGCAGCUGGAGCGGGCCAGGGCAGGGCUGUGGCAUGUGACUAUCUGUGUUUCUGUCCUGUAGGUGCCCUUGCGGCCCCAUGCUGGGGGAGCCCUCGGUGCCCCAUGGGGGAGGAGAUGGCCCUCGGCGUGGGGAAUGGCUGCACUGGGAAACCCGCAGGGGAUGAGGCAGAGACUGUGGUGAUGAUCCAGGAGGGGCCCUCGCGGCCUGAGCCGUCUGCCUGGACCCCACGUCCCCAUGCCCUCCGCUGCCUGGCCAUAGGCAGCACUGUCUGCUGCUGCUCCUGCCUGGGGGUGCUGGCCCUAAUCUAUGCUGUCAAGGCCAACGAGAAGCGGAAGACAAACUCUCCCGACGCGGAUCUCUGGGCCCGGAAGUCCUUCCGGUUCUCCCUUCUCAGCAUCGGGGUCUGGGUAUCUCUGCUCAUCCUGGUGCCGCUACUCAUGGGACUCAUCUCCUACCUGAUUGCCAGGGCUGAAUGAUCUCCUGCCACAUCCCCAUUGGCUCUGGGGGAUCAGGGGGAUUCCCAGAUCUGAUUUUCCUCUCCUGGGACUGCAGGAUGGGAGUUUCCCUGGCUGCAUCUCACCACAACUGGCCUGGAAUCUCCCCAGCCCUGCCAGUUCUGGAGCAGCUCCAGCUUCUCUGUGGCUUGGGACUGAGACUUGAGAGAGACCAGGGUGGGGUGUGGGACAGGAUCGUCCGUGACUGUCUAUUCCCAGCAGAGAUGGCAAUAAGGGAACCUAAAAACAUCAAGGAAAAAUCCAUGGCUGGUAGGGCUAAGGACCAGACCGAUUCCGUUCCUAGACGGAGAUGGUAAAGCUGUUAAUAAGGAUGUACAGAAGGCAGAAGUGUUCCAUAAAUAUUAGGGCUUUGUAUUUGGAGAGAAGCAGGAUGAUGAACUCGCAUCCCGAGAGGAUGGUGAACUACUUUCCGGCCCAUUAGUCACCGAGGAGGAUGUUAAACAACGUCUACUAAACAUGUUCACAUCACAGGCCCAAGUAAAUCGUCCCCCAAAGUCCCAACAAAGUUGGCGGAGGAGAUCGCAGGCCUGCAAAUGUUUAUUUUUAAUAGAUGUUGGAAUGAAAUGCCAGAAGACUAAGAAACAGAUUGACAGAGCCAGAAGAGUACCCAGAAGUCACCUACUACAGGACAGGCCUUACAAAGAAAAUAACAGAAC